AUGGUUGCCAAGCAAGGUGAUAUGAGUGUGGAAGACAUGCUAAAAAAAAUCAUGGUUGAUCAAGCUAAGUUGGCAGCAGAUGUGUCAAACAAUCAAUUGGUGACUCAGAAUUUGGAGAAGCAGUUUGGGCAGUUUGCUAGUGCCCAAAAUUCCCGACCACAAGGGGGUUUACCUGGAAAUACCGAUCCAAACCCGAAACAGGUAAAUGUUGUGAGUACUCGGAGUGGUCUUCCAUUGGAGGAGUUAAUGCCAAAGGCAAAAACUGCUAAAGAAAAAGGAAAACAGGCUGAUAAAGCGGAGCCAAGUGAGCUAAGGGUAAAUGAGGAACCAAAAGCAAAACCACCUCCUCCAUUCCCACAGAAAUUUAAAAAGCAAAAGGAAGAGGAAUGUUUUAGUAAGUUUAUUGAAUUACUCAAACAGGUACAUGUUAACUUGCCUUUGAUUAAUGUGUUGCAGGGCAUUCCUAAAUAUGCCAAAUAUGUGAAGGAUGUGGUAGCCAAUAAGAGUAGAUUGGCUGAGUAUGCAACAGUAGCAUUCACGGAGGAAUGCAGUUCUAGAAUCCAGAAUAGGCUCCCAACUAAGUUGAAAGAUCCAGGGAGUUUCACUGUUCAGAUAAAAAUUGGUAAGUGUAUUGAGGCAAGAGGGUUGUGCGAUUUGGGCGCAAUUAUCAAUUUGAUGCCUACGUCCAUGUUUGUCAAAUUGGGACUAGGAAGGCCCAAGUCCACAACCAUUAUAUUACAGUUAGCGGACCGUUCGGUGGUAAGGCCAGAUGGCGUUAUUGAAGAUGUCUUGGUUCAAGUGGGAACUCUGAUUUUCCCCGUAGACUUUGUCAUUUUGGAUUUUGAGCCUGACCCAGAGGUCCCAUUUAUUUUGGGACGCCCAUUAUUAGCAAUCAGAGGGGCAUUAAUUAAUGUGGCGGCCGGUAGACUAACAAUGAGGGCUUAUGACAAGGUCGAGGUAUUUGAUGUUUACAAGGCAAUGAAGUUGCCUGCAAUAUAUGAGAAGCUGUCAGAAAUUACAAUCAUUAAUGAGGAAAUGGUAGCUAAAUAUGUUAAAGCACGAGACCCUUUAGAGAAAGUGUUAAUUGGACAAGACAUUGAGGGAGAUGCUGAAGCCUAG